AUUUGGUGCAACAAUAAAUUCCACAACAUAACUUGCGCAAGAACUUUCCCAUCCUCCUCACAUCUAACUGUCAAACUAGGACUUCCACAGCCAUGGAAUACUAACCAGCGAUCUCCAUGGAAAUUUCCUGCAAUACUGAAUAGUGACCGCUAUGGAAGUUUCACUCCAUUCUUGUUUAACACGGCAGUAAUAAAUAACCUAAAUCCAAUUCCAAAGCAAGUCAAGGGCGGCCCCAUUGAACCCUGUCCCAGACGGCAUGCCAAGCCUCUUUGAUCUAUAUAAACCAGUUGAUCAAAUCCUUUCUCAGGAGUAAACUUCUUUCUCUCUUCACCAUGAAUCCCACCAUUAAAUUUCUCCUGUUCUUAGCCAAUUUAAUGGCAGCCAGUGCCACAGUCUUGCACUGGACCUGCAACACCACAGAGCAGGGCACAAACAGAGAAUACCAACAGAAAGUUGAGAGUGUGUUACACAAUCUUUUGGAGGGAAAACACCAAUUCAGUGAAAGCCCACAAGGGGCACAGGCAGCCAUUAAUGAAAGUAAAGUUUAUGGGCUGUUUCAAUGCAUGGGGGAUGUUUCUCAGUAUGACUGCAAUAUCUGUGGCCAAGAAGCCAGUUAUUUUGUAAAGCAGAACUGCCCUGGUUCAGCUGGAGCCAGCCUCUGGUCCAAUUGGUGCUUCCUUCGUUUUGAAGCCUAUGAUUUCAUCUCCAAGCCCGAGGCCCAUUUUGUGAAUUCGGGGCUUCCCUGCAGUAAAAGUGGCGGGAAAUCUGUUGGGUCUCUUGAGAAAUUGAUGCAGAAAGUUGCUGUAAAGGCUCCGGAUCAGGAGAACUACUUUGCCUCUGAAUCUGUGGGGGGUAGUUUUCUCAAUUUGGAGGUUGAAAUCAAGGGGCGUGCGCAGUGCUGGAAGGAUUUGUCCAAGGAGGACUGUGGGAAGUGCCUGUGGAAUGGGUUGAAGGAGAUGGAACAGUGUUAUGGUGGGAAGAAUUCAAAAGCAGAGAUUCUGUCACAGAAUUGUGUUUUGACAUACGGGAUGACAUUCCUGACAAAGGAUUCUUCUUCGAACAAUCCAGGUGUGUGGCUCCGACAGAGAUUGGGAAAGUAACCAAAAGGUGGACAGGUAUAGAUGAGAAGUGGUUCUCAUAUUUAAAGAGCGCGAGCCCUCUGUGCUGUCUCCAAUGGCCGCCAUUCCUUUAAUUUUUUGUUGUGAGAUCACCAUCAUUUCGCUUUCGCCUAAUUGGGAGGUCGCACUCUUGGUGGGCAUGGCCUGAAUCAUUUCAUCUCCAGUUUUAUAUGUAUGUCAGCAGAACUCAUUAUAUGAGAUCAAAAUUUAAUGCAUCUCUACAAAAUUCCAUCUUGUAGGGUCUUUUAAUGUGCUCUGUCAAUGCUUCCGCCAUUAAUUUUCUUAUGCUCAAGUGAGAUUGCCUUGAUCACGGCUUCUAUGUAGUCCCAAUUUUCCACCACAUAAAAGUUUUUGAAUACUUUCUAUA